AUGGUGCAAGCAAAUCAUCCAACCUCCGAGUGGUCCAGUCUCCAGGAUACCUUCUACCGACGAACCGAGCUCUACACCCUCAAUUGGGGCAUCGACAAUCUCGCCGACUAUGUGGUUGCAGCAUCUAGCAAUGGCGGUCUCAUCGCUCUUAUUCGCGACCCGACUCGACUUGUCUCGCUGGGAAAUGCUUCGCUCCUCAAACCAAAGAUUCUUGUCUACACCGCUGCCGGUCAACUCAUCGAAAGCAUACCGUGGGAUCCUUCGCUUCGCAUCGUAGCUCUCGAAUUCAACGCUUUGGAACAGCUGGUGGUUGUGCUGGAAGAGGGUAAUGUACGUCUUUAUACGCUGCUCUCCCCGUGUCCUGCUUCUGUCGACUCAGCCGCGAGCUCGUCCAGUUCGAGUUGGCGCAAUCGACCAGCACCCGUCGAAGCAACCUCGAGCUCCUUCUACCUCCAGUACUCGCUCGGAACCGAAGCUACCGAGACAGGGAUUGUCGAUGCGCGAGUGUGGGCAGGCGGUCUCGUUGCUUUCGUAGGAGCAAGACGAUUCGUAGAAUGGCGCUUUCCAGGCCUCGACGUGGACGCUGAAUCUGGCGAGUAUGCUGGCUCGGUCAGUCUUAGCGGAGGAGGCGAUUAUGGAUUUGCACUCCCCUCUCUGGACGACGAUGCGACGCAGUCGCCGUCUCCAGAGCUUUUACCACCUCAUGAUGUGUCGUCGGCCUAUCCGAGCGAUGCUUCUUCACUGCCUUCUUCCUGGGCUGUUGUCCCUCCCAACGUUUCUCAGUCCGGGCGUACGACGGUGCUCAUUGCACAAGGUCCCACCCUGCUUUCGCUCACACACUCGGCAGCAGGACCUAGCUCCAUCGAUGCUGCGUGCCAAGACAUGCGCCUCUCUCGUGGCCCUUUCCACGUCAUACGUCCAUCUCCUAAUGGUAAGCUGCUCGCCCUCAUGACCGCAGAUCUCGUGCUAUGGGUGGUCAGCUCCGACUUUUCUCGCAGCCUGAGCGAAUUCGACAUCCGAGCAUGCGAGGCUUAUCAGGAUGCUCGUUCGGUAGACGAUCCGUUCAGUUCCAUGAACCAAGGAGAGGCUGCCUCAGCAGGCAAGGGAGGCAUCGGCGGAAGUGGUGUGCGCGAGGUUGAGUGGUGUGGCAACAACACGAUCGCUCUCGCUUUUAACGACGAAGUCGUCAUGGUGGGGCCGUUUGGAGACUCGAUCCGCUACCCAUAUGCUGGGCCGACGCAUCUGGUGAGCGAAAUCGACGGUGUCCGUAUCGUUGCUUGCGAUCGACACGAAUUCCUUCAGAAGGUGUCGGACGUGUCGAGCCGCGUUUUUCGCCCAGGCUCCAACGACCCUGCUGCUCUGCUCUUCGAAGCGGCCGAGCAAUUCAGUGCCAAGAGCAGUCGAGCAGACGAAGGCAUCCGUGCAAUCCGCAGCAGCCUUCCGGACGCCGUCGACUGCUGUCUGCGCGCUGCUGCCUACGAAUGGGACCUGACAUGGCAGAAGCGUCUGCUGAAAGCCGCCUCGUUUGGCAAAAGCUUUAUUGAGCUCUAUGAUCCUACCGCAUUUGUCGACAUGGCGAGGACGCUGCGUGUGCUCAAUGCAACUCGCAACUACCAAAUCGGCAUACCGAUCUCGUACGAGCAAUACUUGGCUGCAGGGCCAACCGCGCUUUUGUCGCGCUUGACGGCACAGAACCAUCACUUGUUGUCGCUUAAGAUCGCUCGCUAUCUACACAUCCGGCCGGAUGCCAUUUUGAAACACUGGGCGAAAGCCAAGCUGGCACGCACCAGCGCUGCGCUCGGAGGCUCGGCAGCAGCGAUCUCGGCAGCAGAGGAGCGUCUUUGCGCGGAUAUCGUGCACAAAUUCCGCGUGGCGACUUGGCUCAACGAGCGCGUUGGCGAGCUGGGUGGAUGCGAAGAUGACACUUUCCCAGAGGGAGUACUCGGCGGUGCAGCAGCGGUAGAUCAGGCGGCUAAGCGCACCAAGUCGUCAGGCGAUCGAGGCGCGUCGGUAAGCUUUGCUGAAGUUGCUUGGACUGCUUGGAAAGCAGGGCGUGCAAAUCUGGCUACGCGCUUGCUGGACCACGAGGCGCGUGCAAUUGAUCAGGUCCCGCUGCUGCUCAAUAUGCGCCAAGACAAGCUGGCAUUGGUGAAAGCGAUCGAGUCGGGAGACACGGACCUCAUCUACCACGUCUUGCUGCGUUUGAAGAAUCAGCUUUCGCGUGCUGACUUUUUCCGCAUCGUUCAAGCGCCCGUCUCGGACGCCGGCAUAGCGACAACAGCUUCGUCUUGCAACGAUCGAACACGAGCCGCUUUCAGGCUGACUUCGACGCAGCAGUACUUGUCGCUAGCGUCGAACCUGCUCGAAGCGUAUGCCAAGCAGGCAGAUCGAGAUCUGCUGAAAGACUUUUACUAUCAGGAUGAUCGACGGACCGAUUCGGCAAUUCUGGCGCUCCAAGAAGCCAACGCGAUGCAAAAUGUCGGUGAGGCCGAGCUGGCAGAAAAGAUGUUCAAGCUAAAGACAGCGAUCAAAUUCUUUGGCGAAGACAAGGAGCGUGUGUUGGAAGCAAAGUUGGUAGACGAACAGAUGCGCCUGCUCGCAUUCCAGCAGGCUUUGGAAAAGGAAGACGGCCAUCGCAGUCAGUUCAUCGGCCUUUCGCUCAACCAGACUAUCCGCCAGCUGCUGUUCCGCAACAUGAGCAAGAAAGCCGAAAAACUGAGAUCGGACUUCAAGCUCCCUGACAAACGCUAUUGCAACAUCAAGCUCGAUACGCUCGUUCAGAGCAAAGACUGGGAUGGUUUGUGGGCAUUUGCCAAUGCUAAAAGAUCGCCCAUCGGAUACACGCCGUUUAUCGUCAAGCUCGUCGAACACAACCAUGUGCACGAAUCCAUGCGCUUCGUGCCCAAGGUUCAGGACAAGUCCGAUCGCAAUGCGUUCAGCGCUUAUCUGGCUAGGUUGCCAAGCCAGGCAAUUGCGACUCAGCUGUUGGAUCGCUUCAAUGAGUAA